UCAAUGCGUCAGAGGCAUUACUGAGUCUGACUAUGGUCUGACUUCACUAGUUUAUUUGUAUGCUUUUGACUUUGUUGCAACACGUAUUCUCCCUCUAAAUAUAUAUAUAUUUUUCUUUUGACGUUAUGGCGCUGAUCAGAGGACUGGCCUUGUUCAAAAGAGUAACUCCAAACAAGUGUUUCACACCAGCACGAUUGUUUGGAAAUGGUCCUCAAGCUAGAUUCUUCCCACCUUCUGAAGGUGUUAUGCUUCUCCCAGGAACUUUCAAAAACAAAGUGGCCUUUAUCACUGGAGGAGGAACAGGACUAGGAAAAGCCAUGACCACUGCUCUGUCUUCACUGGGAGCAGAGUGCAUGAUAGCUAGCAGAAAUCUUGAUGUUUUGAAGAAAACAGCAGAGGAAAUCUCACAACAGACAAAAAACAAGGUCCAUGCCGUCCAGUGUAAUGUUAGAGACCCUGCUUCAGUCGAGGCUGCUGUUGACCAGCUUGUGAAUGAUGUCGGCCUGCCUGAUGUGGUGAUAAACAAUGCAGCUGGAAACUUCAUCUCUCCUUCAGAGAAGCUUUCUCCCAAUGCCUGGAGAACCAUCACUGACAUAGUGUUGAACGGCACUGCCUAUGUCACGCUGGACAUCGGGAAACGCCUCAUCAAAGCUGAGAAAGGUGCUGCUUUUCUGGCCAUCACCACAAUCUACGCUGAGAGUGGCUCAGGAUUUGUUGUGCCAAGUGCUGCGGCUAAAGCUGGAGUGGAGAAGCUGUGCACGUCUCUGACUGCUGAGUGGGGCAGAUAUGGCAUGAGAUUUAAUGUUAUUCAACCAGGCCCAAUCAAAACCAAGGGUGCAUUUAGCAGACUGGAUCCCACUGGCCUGUUAGAGAAGUCGCUAAUAGAAAAGAUACCCGUGGGUCGUCUGGGCACUCCUGGAGAGAUCGCCAACCUUGCCACUUACCUCUGCAGCGACUACGCCAGCUGGGUAUCAGGAGCGAUCAUUCGAAUGGAUGGUGGUGAAUAUGUCUCCAAUGCUGGCGAGUUCAAUGGUCUGAAGGAGGUCACAAAGGAGCAGUGGGCCAUGAUGGAAUCAAUGAUCAGAAGCACAAAGGGAUCGUAAACCUCUAAAACCACAGAAAUUCAGCACUAAUGACUCUCAUUGUGUAACAGAGGAUCAAUUGAAAUAUGGUUUGUAGACAGUAUAAAUUGAGACUUAAGUUGUCUUGGCACAUACAAAUAUCCAUUCUGCGACACAUUUAUCACCUUGAGGGCUGUAAGGAAUUGUUGUUUGGAGUAUUAUUAGUAUGGAGACCCAUAUUGAAUUAAAAAUGUGUGGACGUUUUGACAUUUA